ACGACAGCGUCCUCUGCCGUGCCGUACUCUGUCUUUUCAAAGUCGAUGAAACGAGCACUCUGCGCCACGGCCACUUGCUCAGCGCUCUUUUCGCCGCUGGCGACGAGUAUAUAUUUCCCGUCCAUCACGACGAUAGCAAACGAUCUGCAUGUGUCUGUCGAGAGAAUCAAUCUGACCGUGACUACAUAUAUGAUUUUCCAAGGUCUCGCGCCUUCAUUCUGGGGAUCGCUCGCUGACGCGCUCGGUCGGCGACCAGUGUACAUCCUCACUUUCCUCGUGUUUGUCGCUGCGAAUCUCGGGCUAGCCCUGCAAGGGUCUUACGCGGGCUUACUCGUGCUGCGGAUGAUCCAGUCCACGGGCUCGUCUGCGACUGUCGCCAUUGGCGCAGGCACGAUCGGCGACAUCGUGGUCCCUUCCGAGCGGGGGUCGUACAUGGGUAUCUUUUCCGGGGGCGUAAUGGUUGCGCCUGCGAUUGCGCCUGUGCUGGGAGGCUUGUUGUCGGAAUCGAAUGAUUCGUGGAAAGCGCAGUUUUGGUUUUUGUUUGCCGCCGGUGCGGUCUUGGUGUCGGUGUUGUUUUUGUGGUUGCCGGAGACGGGUCGGAUGAUUGUGGGGAACGGGAGUAUCCCUGCGACCGGGUGGAAUCAGUCUUUGCUGCAGAAGCUGUCGCGCAGGAAGCAGAAGAAACAGCAACAGCAGCAGCAGCAGCAUCAGCAGCAGGAGGAAUGCGGUGAGAUUGCGCAGAAGGGUAAACGGAAGAAAAGGAUGGGAAACCCGCUGCGGUGCUUGAUUAUUAUUAUGGAGAAGGAUAUCGCGGUGGUGCUGCUCGGACACGCACUGGUGUAUACGGGCUACUACUGCAUCACCGUCGCGUUCUCGUCGCAGCUAAAGACAAUCUACGGCUUGAGCAGUUUGAAGAUCGGCCUGUGUUUUCUGCCGUACGGCGUCGGCAGCUCGAUUGGAUCGAUAGCGAGCGGGCGCCUGCUAGAUCAGGAAUUCAAGCGGUUUGCGGCAAAAGCAGGCUACGGCGCCGACGGCGGGCGCAGUGUUCGGCAGAACCCCGACUUUCCAAUCGAAAGAGCGCGGCUACGGAUUGCGUUCCCGAUGAUUCUGACGUCGGCUGCGUUGACGGUGGUGUACGGGUGGACGUUUCGGAAGAGCAUUUCAUACGCCGCGCCGCUGACGCUGCUGUUUUUCAACGGGCUUUCGAUCGUGGGGUUUUUCACGUGCGUGCAGGUGUUGCUGGUGGAUCUGUAUCCGCAGGAGUCGGCGUCUGUGACGGCGUCGAAUAACCUUGUGCGGUGUCUGAUGGGCGCGGCGGGGUCUGCGCUUGUGGAUAUCGUGGUGGGGAAGAUUGGGAUGGGGUGGACGUUUAUGAUUGUUGCGGGGAUGGACUUGCUGGCGAUUCCGAUACUGCUGUGGGAGUAUGUCAAGGGAGGGGAUUGGAGACGGGAGAGG